ACACUUACCUUCCUUCCCUUUCCGCCUUUUCUACCAUACCAGCCAACAUAGCUAACCCUAACACUUUCUCUCUCCCUCUUCUUCCCAACACUCUCUCUCUGUCUUCUGGAAAUUUCCCUCCCGACCUUACUCUGCCUCUCUUUCUCUCUGAUCGACGCCAAACGGGGCUGGGCUGCUGGGCUGCUGGGCUCGGAUCUACGCCACGCUCGGUCUCUCUCUCUCUCUCUCUCUCCUUUUUUUUUUCUGGGUACAGCGGUUCGUGGAAGAGCGCACCUUCAAGUUGCUAACUCGACUAGUUGGGCUGGAGCUCUACUGGACUUGCCUCAGUUUCAGAAUGUCCCGGACUCAUAGAAAAUGAUUCAAGAUGCAAUUACAAAGCUUGAUGAGGCAUUUGUGAUUAAUCCUAAGAAACAUGAUGCCCUUUGGUGCCUGGGAAAAGCUCAUGGUUUCAAUGCAUUUUCGACCCACGAUGUAGCUGAAGUGAGGUUGUUAUGAGCCAGUAUUUAACUUUGAAAGAAUGUCAAAUCUGUUGAUUCUGUUUCAGAAGCUUGUGCAGAGUUUAUAACAUGAGUUGAUGUUUUGUUUUUUUGCUAAUUAUCACGGGUCAGUGUUAAGCACUCAAAAACUGGAAUGUCCCUUUUUAUAUGUAAACUAAUUUGAAGUAGCUCAAGUUCCUAAUUCUUUUUUCAUGCUUGGGUCUUGGUGCAUUUUUUUAUGUAUAGUUUGCUUCGUAGCAAGAUGCAAUUAGCAUAAGCAGCCAGAAUAAUUUUUCUGUAGAGUAUUGCUGCCUUCAGUAAUGCAGUGAGGUUGUUUUCUGGUGGACUUUGUAGAGGUCUAAAGCAGACGGAAAAGACAUUGGUGAGUAUUAUAAAACAUAGCUAAAACGGGGUCGCUUUGUUGUGUGGCUGCAAGGCCACAUGGAUCUCAUACCAGUACGGACUGGUCGAUGGGUCCACAUGAGCCGUAUUGGCGAACUAAUACAAGCUUCUCGCCACCUCCAUCAAGAUGGGAUUUCCAGUUCCAUUCUGAAGGACUACAACAUGGUUCACAUGAUGGAAAUCAACAGAAUGGAUCCUUUUCGUCAUCAAACAGUAAAGAAAGUAGGAACUGGUUAAGAGGCAAUCAACUUUAUAGUCACCAGUACGCAUCUGAUGGUACUGGAAUGUUUUUGAGUAGUUCAUCAGACCUUUCUCAGGGUCCUCAAUGGACGCCUCCUGCAAUACAGGAAAUCAGAGGGGAUGAUUUUGAAUCUGCCGCUGCAAGGAGAGGUAUGGCUUUGGGUCCACCAUCCUUUAGACCUUCAGUGGAGGGAACUUCAGAAAUUCAAGAUAGCGGGGGCUCCACCUCGUUCCGUUCAGACAGCAGCGAGUCUGAACACAAGUCACGCUCAUCCUCACAUCGUACCUUUUCAGGGCGUCGAUCUUUUAUGUCUAAACCUAUUCAUCCCUUGUCCUUCCCCAGACAAGGAGAGUUUUCUGACUUCACUGCUGCUGGAUUGCCAGAGUUUGAUGCUACCACUCAAAGAGAUGCCCAGAGCUGGAGCAGUGCCAGCAGCAGCAUUGAUUUUGCAGAUGUUUCAGAAACAUUUGAAUCUGAAAUAAGCAAUCGGUCUUAUAAUUUGUCUGAUGGUGUUAGAUGUGGCCUGUGUGAAAAGUUUCUUACCCAAAGAUCCCCAUGGAGCUCUCGUAGAAUUGUGAGAAGUGGAGACAUGCCAGUUACUGGGGUCCUUUCUUGUUAUCAUGUUUUUCACGCGGAAUGCUUGGAACAAACAACACCCAAGGCAUGUAAGAGUGAUCCUCCCUGCCCCUUGUGUCUGAAAUUGGAAGAGGAAAAUUGCCCUGAAAAGAGGAGCUGUUCAAGAUCAAGGGCUGGUUCUCCAAGGCUUAGAUCGUACAAUGAGGAUGGGUCAUCAAGACCUUGGGGCUGUGCGCAGGUGGGAGAUUGUGUGGAAGGUGCAUUGCAUGUGCCAACACGCAACACUAUGCUUUUACUCAACAGGAAUCGGAUUAAAAAGAAUCUUUCAUUGAAGGGUAAUUCAAGUAAAGAGUUCCCUGGGAAGUUGAGGAAAAGUGGGUCCUAUUCUUCACAGCAACUCAGUGUAAGAUCAAUCGAUCAUGCAGCAGUUGGGUGUUCGAAGUCAAAGGUUAAAGCUGGGCCAAGCAUGAACUGACUUGAACUGAAAGUAGUUAUGAUGUAGAUAAAACUGACAUGAACACCACUCUGCGCUUCAAAGAGCCAAUUUUCUCAUACACGUUAAAGUCUGCUUGCUUAGAUGAAUAGAUUUUUUUAGCAAUGUGAUUGGAUUACUUGGUUAUGCUGUACUUGUAUAGAUAUAUGAUUGUGUUAACUGUGGCUGCAAAGUAGACAGAUUUUACAUUUCCAAAA